AUGAAGUUUUUUCUGGAAGCUAUACUGUGCGCUGUUUUGGUAAAAGCUCUUGCAAAUUCUCCGGCCCCUGCGAAAAGUGGCACUGAUGGUGGAAAACCACAGUGUAAUGUUAACAACUACUUUUAUGCCGGAUCAAAUACCAAGAAGAUCGAAAAACAACUGGACGAAAUCAUGCAAGAAAUCAAAGCUCUGAGAGAAAACCGAACCGACGGUGGUGGUUCUGGCGGAAAAGGUAUCUGAUGUUUCUGUAAUCAUUCCUUUUGCUUUUGCUCUUUAGUAGUUGAAUUUUGGUACUGAGUGCAUGUGUUUAUCCAGCCAAACUUUAUUUUGGUUUUCGUCCUCGAGAAGAAAUCAUCGUAAAGCUUUAUUUAAGCCUAGUUAUUUCUCUUCUAUUUUCAGUUUACAAGAACUGUGCCGAAAUUUACCAGUUAGGUAUAAAGAUCAAUGGAGUGUACAAAAUCAAUCCUGGUGGUUUGGGCGAAUUUGAAGUGUACUGUGAUCAGAAAACUGCUGGCGGAGGUUGGACAGUUUUCCAGAAGAGGCAAGAUGGCUCUGUGGAUUUUUACCGCCCUUGGGAUGACUACAAAAGGGGAUUCGGGAAUCUGAACGGCGAGUUUUGGCUCGGAUUAGACAAGAUUCAUCGUCUGACUGUAAGCGGAAGUUACAAGCUUCGCGUGGACUUGGAAGAUCUUCAUGGCAGUACAGCAUUUGCAGAGUACAGUUCAUUUGCUGUGACAAGUGAAAGGGCGAAAUACCAAUUGAGUUUGGGAAGUUACUCAGGUACGUCUUGGACUCAACAUUACCAUACUGGGUGGCGCAGUGGUGAGGGCACUCGCCUCCCACCAAUGUGGCCCGGGUUUAAAUCCCGGCGUCGACGCCAUAUGUGGGUUGAGUUUGUUGUUGGUUCUCCCCCUUGCUACGAAAGUGUUUUUUCUCCAGGUACUCCGGUUUUCCCUUCGCCACAAAAAUCAACACCUCAUUUCAAUUCGAUCUGGGGCGCACGUACACGUUUUUAAAAACAAACUAUUUUUUUACAAUUACAGUUUUUUGAGCAGUUACAAAUUUACUAUCACCAUCACUUCGCUUAGACAACAGCAAUACAUCAAAUUAACAACACUGCUCAAAUCCUGCAAAGGAAGGUGAGUUAACGCAUCUGAUCGGAAACGCUGCUUUAAUUGUUACCAUUGUUCUUAAAGGUACCGCUGGAGAUUCCCUUGGUGGUCAUCGAGGACUUCCAUUUACCACCAAAGAUCGUGAUAAUGAUAGCCACGGAAACAAUUGUGCCGUCCUUGCUAAAGGCGCAUGGUGGUACAGCGGUUGCUUUUCUUCCAACCUGAAUGGUUUGUACCUUCAUGGAAAGGACAGUACUCAAGGAAUGGCAUGGUACACGUGGAAAAAGAACUACUAUUCUGUCAAGAAAUCCGACAUGAAGAUACGUCCAAAGGAUUUUUGA